AUGGCUGGACAAUGCAGAUCGCUAUCGAAAAUCAGCUCGCCGGCUGUUGUCGUCGCCCUCGCCAUGAUGAUGAUGAUGAUGUUUUGUGGAUGCGAAGGAUUUACCACGGAGCGUCGACCCAACCCCCGAUCCUGCGGGGAAGCGCAGAUGUGUUGCCAGGGUCAGAACAACACGUGCUUCGUGUUCGGCCAAAGGGUGGAUCGAUCUGAGGACUCCAAGAGAUGUUACUGUGACAGUAACUGUCUGAUCAUGGGUGACUGCUGCAUGGAUUACCAUCACGUCUGCAAAA